GGAAGGGAAAUUACAAUCAUGGAAAGAGGAAAACAAAAUCAAGAAGAAAGAGAGGAAGAGAAAGCAAACAACUCAUCGGUGUCAUUUUCUGCUCUUCGCAAGGACGUUGCCAAUGUUCUGGAUUUCAUGGAGAGAUUAAAGAAUGAAGAAGAUCAAAAGGCUGUUGAUGUGGAUCUAAUUGAAAGCCUGAAAUUGAAGCUGACAUUUAUUUGUACAUAUGUCCAGCUUUCUUAUUCCGAUUUGGAGCAGUUUGAAGAUAUAAUGACUAGAAAAAGACAAGAGGUUGAGAAUCUGCUUCAACCAAUUUUGGAUGAUGAUGGCAAAGACGUCGGGUGUAAAUAUGUCUUUACUAGCCUCACCAGUAAUAUGGAUGACUGUAUCAGCUUGUAUCAUCGUUCUAAAUCAGAUGCCACCAUGAUGGAUGAGCAAUUGGACUUCCUCCUCUUGAAUCUCUAUCAUCUAUCCAAGCAUCGUGCUGAAAAGAUGUUUCCUGGAGUGACUCAAUAUGAGGUUCUUCAGAAUGUAUGUGGCAACAUAAGAGAUUUCCAUGUGUUGAUAGUGAAUGGUUGCAUUAAACAUGAGAUGGUUGAGAAUGUCUUGCCUCUGUUUCAACUUAUGGCUGAGAGAGUAGGACACUUCCUUUGGGAUGAUCAGACUGAUGAUGACUUUGAACUCUCCGAGCUAGAUGAGGAUGAUCAGACUGAUGAAGACAAGGAUGAUCAGAAUGAUAAAGACAAAGAUGAUCAGACUGAUGAAGACAAGGAUGAUCAGACUUAUGAAGACUCUCAACUCUCCGAGCUAAACGAGGAUGAUCAGACUGAUGAAAAUGCUCAACUCUUCGAGCAAGAUGAGGAUGAUCAGAAUGAUGGAGACUCUCGACUCUUCAAGCUAGCACAUCUACUCUUGAAGAUUGUUCCAACUGAACUAGAGGUUAUGCACAUAUGUUAUACAAAUUUGGAAGCUACAACUUCAGCAGAAGUUGGACGCUUCAUUAAGAAGCUCCUGGAAACCUCUCCGGACAUUCUCAGAGAAUAUCUGAUUCAUCUACAGGAGCAUAUGAUAACUGUUAUUACCCCUAGCACUUCAGGGGCUCGAAACAUUCAUGUCAUGAUGGAAUUCCUAUUGAUUAUUCUUUCUGAUAUGCCGAAGGACUUUAUUCAUCAUGACAAACUUUUUGAUCUCUUGGCUCGUGUUGGAGCACUUACCAGGGAGGUAUCAACUCUUAUAUGCGACUUGGAAGAGAAAUUAAGGAAUAAAGAGAGUACCGAUGAGACAAAUCGUGCAACCCUAAAGUUGCUGGAAUAUAUUGAACUCCUCAAGGAAGAUCUCAAACAUGUUUAUCUGAAAGUCCCGGAAUCAUCUCAAUGUUGCUUCCCCAUGAGUGAUGGACCUCUCUUCAUGUAUCUGCUACAGAGACACUUGAAUGAUUUGCUGGAUUCCAAUGCUUAUUCAAUUGCUUUGAUAAAGGAACAAAUUGGACUGGUGAAAGAAGACUUGGAAUUCAUAAGAUCUUUUUUCGCGAAUUUUGAGCAAGGAAUGUAUAAAGAUCUCUGGGAACGUGUUUUAAAUGUGGCAUAUGAAGCAAAAGAUGUCAUUGAUUCAAUUAUUGUUCGAGAUAAUGGUCUCUUACAUCUUAUUUUCUCACUUCCCAUUACCAUAAAGAAGAUCAAGCAUAUCAAAGAAGAUAUCUCCAAUUUACAUGAGAAGAUUCCUGAGAAUAGAGGUCUCACUGUUCUGAACUCUCCCAAGAAACCAGUUGAGAGCAAGUCACUGACAACUGAUAAAAUAAUUGUAGGUUUUGAGGAGGAGACAAACCUGAUACUUAGAAAACUCACCAGUGGACCAGCAGAUCUAGAUGUCAUUUCGAUCACUGGUAUGCCGGGUUUGGGUAAAACUACUUUGGCGUACAAAGUAUACAAAGAUAAAUCAAUUUCAAGUCAUUUUGACCUUCGUGCAUGGUGCACAGUCGACCAAGAACAUGAUGAGAAGAAGUUGUUGGGUACAAUUUUUAAUCAAGUUAGUGAUUCGGAUUCAAAAUUGAGUGAGAAUACUGGUAAUAUUGAUGUUGCUGAUAAGCUACAGAAACAACUGUAUGGAAAGAGGUAUCUUAUUGUCUUAGAUGACGUGUGGGAUACUACUACAUGGGAUGAGUUGACAAGACCUUUUCCUGGAGCUCAGAAAGGAAGUAGAAUUAUUUUGACAACUCAAGAAAAGGAAGUGGCUUUGCAUGGAAAGCUCUACACUGCUCCUCUUGACCUUCGAUUGCUAAGAUCAGAAGAAAGUUGGGAGUUAUUAGAGAAAAGGGCAUUUGGAAACGAGAGUUGCCCUGAUGACCUAUUGGAUGUUGGAAUUGAAAUAGCUGAAAAUUGUAAAGGGCUUCCUUUGGUGGUGGAUCUGAUUGCUGGAGUCAUUGCUGGGAGGGAAAAGGAAAAGAGUGUGUGGCUUGAAAUUGUAAAUAAUUUGCAUUCCCUUAUUUUCAAGAAUGAAGUGGAAGUGAUGAAAGUUAUAAAAAUAAGUUAUGACCACUUACCUGAUCACCUGAAGCCAUGCUUGCUUCAUUUUGCAAGUUGGCCGAAGGACAGUGCAAUGGUAAUCUAUCAGUUGAAAGUGGUAUGGUUUGCUGAAGGGUUCGUGGAAAAGACGGAAUUGAAGAGUAUGGAAGAAGUGAUGAAGAUUAAUUUGGAUGAUUUAAUUUCCAGUAGCUUGGUAAUUAGUUUCAAUGAGAUAGGUGAUGAACCGCGUUGCCAUGUUCAUGAUCUUGUGCAUGACUUUUGUUUGAUCAAAGCAAGAGAGGAAAAGUUGUUUGACCGAAUAAGUUCAAGUGCUCCAUCAGACUUGUUGUCACGUCAAAUUACCAUUGAUGAUGAGGAGGAGCACUUUGGGCUUAAUUUCGUGCUGUUCGGUUCAAAUAAGAAAAGGCAUUUUGGUAAACACCUCUAUUCUUUGACCAUAAAUGGAGAUAAGGUGGACGAUUGUCUCUCUCAUACAUUUCACCUAAGACAUUUGAGGCUUCUUAGAGUGUUGUACCUGGAUCCCUCUUUUAUCACGAUGAAUGAUUCUUUGUUGAAUGAAAUAUUUAUGUUGAAUCAUUUGAGGUUCUUAUGCAUUGGGACAUGGGUUAAAUCUCUGCCUUUGUCUUUCUCAAACCUCUGGAAUCUAGAAAUCCUGUGGGUGGAUAACAAAGAAUCAACCUUUAUACUAUUACCGAGAAUUUGGGAUCUUGUAAAGUUGCGAGUGCUGAUCAUGACUGCUUGUUCUUUCUUUGUUAUGGAUGCAGAUGAAUCAAUACUGAUAGCAGAGGACACAAAGUUAGAGAACUUGAGAAUAUUACAGAAACUCGUGCUUUCCUAUUCGAAAGAUACAGAGGAUAUUUUCAAAAGGCUUCCCAAUCUUCAAAUGCUUUCAUUUGAACUUAAGGAAUCAUGGGAUUAUUCAACAGAGCAAUAUAGGUUCCCGAAAUUGGAUUUCCUAACUGAACUAGAAGACCUUACUGUAGGUUUUAAAAGUUCAAACACAAAUGACAGUGGGUCCUCUGCAGCCAUAAAUCGGCAAUGGAAUUUUCACUUCCCUUCGAGUUUGAAAAAAUUGUCGUUGGGUGACUUUCCUCUGACAUCCGAUUCACUAUCAACAAUAGCGAGAUUGCCCAACCUUGAAGAGUUGUCCCUUUAUUAUACAAUCAUCCAUGGGGAAGAAUGGAACAUGGGGGAGGAAGACCUUGAGAAUCUCAAAUGUUUGAAGUUGCAUCAAGUGACUCUUUCCAAGUGGGAGGUUGGAGAGGAAUCCUUUCCCACGCUUGAGAAAUUAGAACUGGAGGGAUGUCGUAAGCUUGAGGAGAUUCCGCCUAGUUUUGGGGAUAUUUAUUCAUUGAAAAUUAUCAAACUUGUACAGAGCCCUCAACUUGAAGAUUCUGCUCUCAAGAUUAAGGAAUAUGCUGAAGAUGUGAGGGGAGGGGACGAGCUUCAAGUCGUUGGCCGGAAUAAUAUCCCGUUAUUUAAGUAGCUUUUGAGCAUUAUGGUUGAAAAGUAGAUUGUACUUUGCUGGGUAGAUUGUAUAUGAUACAGUUGUUAUGAAACAUUUUUUAUGUGACUUUUCUGAGUUUCUUUUAGAAAACUUACAAGUUUUUAACAAAAAAUAU